UGAUCCAUGUUUUUUUAACGUCAUCUCUUAAACACGAGCUUUGAACUCCGAGUCGCCGAACUGUGGAGGUGUUUUGUCGUUCCGUAAAGACAACUUUGCUUUGUAAGCACACAUGGUGAAAGUAGCCUAUGAUGUAGAUCUUGCGUAUCAGAUGGAUCAGGGUGGGGAACCCCGCCAAAUCUGUGACGUGAAACACGUUUUGUCUCUGAAAGCCUCCGGUUUUUAGAAACGAACGCAGACAAAGCGACGGCGGCGGGAGAGGAAAAUAACGCGUGUAUUAAACACACCCGUCCCCGGCGUGUGUGUGUGUGCGUGUUGGACAGCGUCGGCAGCUCGGUGCCUGGUCUCCGUGUCUGGUGGAGACGCGCCAGCCGCGGAGCGGCCGGUGGGAGGGGACAGACAGCCCGCUGCUGCUGCACAGCUUCCAACAACCAGACACGCUUCUUUUUUUCUUCUUUCUUUUUUAAGGGGGGGGGGGUUGUUCCGCCGCUCCCGACCGCCACAGUCCACGGAGCCAGGGACGAGGAGUUCAUCCGACCUACCCAUGAGACAAAGGAUCUGUCUGGCGAGGGCUGAGAGCAGACGACAUUGAGACAAGCUAACCCAGCAGACGACGAAGGCGGCGGUGGCACAGCGGGCAGCAGCAGCAGCAUGGCGUCCAUAGCAGACUUCUAUGCCGGCAAGUGCGUGCUGAUCACGGGAGCCACGGGGUUCAUGGGCAAGGUGCUGGUGGAGAAGCUGCUCCGGUCCUGCCCCGAGGUCAAAGCGCUCUACAUCCUGGUCAGACCCAAGGCCGGGCAGUCCAUGCAGCAGAGAGUCAGUGAGAUGAUGAAGUGCAAGCUAUUUGACCGUGUGCGGGAGGACAACCCGGAUUUCCACGAGAAGAUCAUCCCCAUCAGCAGCGAGCUGAUGCAGCCCGGCCUGGCCAUCAGCCCGGAGGACGCGGAGAAGCUCACUGCCUGCAUCAACAUAGUCUUCCAUUGCGCAGCGACCAUCCGCUUUGACGAGCCGCUCAAACACGCCCUGCAGCUCAAUGUCAUUGCCACCCAGCAGCUCCUCAGCCUGGCCCAGCAGAUGCACCACCUCCAGGCCUUCAUCCACAUCUCCACCGCCUAUGCAAACUGCAACCGCAGGCACAUCGACGAGGUCAUCUAUCCGCCACCGGUGGAGCCCAAGAAGCUCAUUGAAUCCCUGGAGUGGAUGGAUGAUGGCAUCAUCCGCGACAUCACACCACGGCUUAUUGGCGACCGUCCCAACACCUACACUUACACCAAAGCCCUGGCUGAGUGCGUGGUUCAGCAGGAGCAAGGCAAGCUCAACAUUGGCAUCAUCAGACCCUCCAUAGUGGGAGCCAGCUGGCAGGAACCCUUCCCUGGUUGGAUUGACAACUUCAACGGGCCGAGUGGGGUCUUCAUCGCCGCUGGCAAGGGCAUCCUGCGCACCAUGAGGGCCAACAACGAUGCUGUGGCUGAUCUGAUCCCUGUGGACGUGGUCAUCAACCUGACCCUGGCUGCUGGCUGGUACACCGCAGUGCACAGGCCCAAGUCGGCACUGGUCUACAACUGCACAACCGGCGGCAUCAACCCCUUCCACUGGGGAGAGAUCGAGCACCACGUGAUGUCGACCUUCAAGAGGAACCCCCUGGAGCAGGCCUUCCGCAGGCCCAAUGCCAACAUCACCUCCAACUACCUGAUCAACCAAUACUGGAUCCUGGUCAGUCACAAGUUCCCAGCCCUCAUCUAUGACCUCUACCUGCGUCUCUCCGGACAGAAACCUCAAAUGAUGCGUAUCUUUAACCGUCUGCACAAGGCCAUCGGCCUGCUGGAGUACUUCAGCAGUCAGGACUGGGAGUGGGACUCGGAGAAUAUGAGCAUGCUGAUGAGCCACCUCACUCCUGAGGACAAGAAGACGUUCAACUUUGAUGUGCGCCAGCUGAACUGGCCAGAGUACAUCGAGAACUACUGCAUCGGCACCAAGAAGUACGUCCUGAAUGAAGACAUGUCCGACAUACCUGCUGCCAGGCAGCAUCUGAGGAAACUGAGAAACAUCCGCUACACCUUCAACACACUGCUGCUGGUCUUCAUCUGGAGAGUAUUCAUCGCCCGUUCCCAGAUGGCCAGAAACAUCUGGUACUUUGUGGUCAGCCUCUGUUUUAAGUUCCUCUCCUACUUCCGUGCGUCCAGUACUUUGACCAACUGAUUCCGCAACACCUCAAAGCAAAGACGGCCAACCCCACCCCCACCAUCACCACCACCACCCGGCCCCUCAGCUUUCAGCCGGACGUGACAUCAAAGACGCUGACUGUCCAGGAAGGGGUAACGUCAGAUCCUCGUUUACACUGGGCAGGUGGGGGCUCUCUACGAGGUGUGUCGGGGGGGCUGCGAUGGGGCAAAACACUUGGAAGGAAGAAUGAGGUCUACUAGCCAUGAAACCUAAUUUGUUCAGUCUUGGAAAUGUCUUGUCUGUCUGUGUGUCAGCACUGUUCAGUCACCGACCUUACAUGGCAAAAUGUGUCCACGUUGAGUGUCAUUGAUUUUUCUACCUGCCGUGACGGAUUAUAUAUGCAACAAUAAGCCUCUCGUGAUCUCCCUAUUCCCAGCUCGGAGUCCAAAUCCUCUUGAAUCUGGACACAUUGCCUUUAUUUUAAUUUUUUUUUAUAGCUAUACUUGAAAUAUGUCAGUGCUUCAAUAGAGGACAAAUACUCUGUCUGUUUUUUUGUUUUUGGUAAUGUCCUUUAUAAUCAAGUACCCUCUGUAAUACGUGGAUUGUCUGGACAUCUGUGCAUCGUCUCUGCGCUAUACUGUACGGACCACAUAUCGAAGCCUACAAACUGUUGGUUCUGUUCUUCGAAAGCCGGUCCGGUGAUGCUUGCGAGAAAACUCAAAAUAUUGUCGGCACUAAAAUACUGACCACACAAAACAACCUUCAUUACUAGAAAUAUCUGCCACCUCUCCUACUGUGGAUUUCUGUUGAGCUACUGUCUCUCAUGAUGUACCAGUACGUCUUCAAACACAAACGCCGUUUCUUUUCAUGCUCAUCCACUUUUUGCCUGUUUGUACAGCAGUUUGUACUGAAACUAAGUUUACUACUUUUACAUCUUUAUAAAUACUUGUGUCAAAGGCUAGUCUGGUGUACUACGUGGUAGACCUUGGCAGUGUAUCAUAUAUAAAUAGGAAUACAACAGAGUUUGGAAGAUCUGUAAAUAAUUGAACUUAUAUAAUAUUCUUAUAGACUACCAAAAAAAAAAGAAUUGUAUUUGACUGCUGAUUUUGCUUGGUGAGCAUCUUCAGGGUUUUACCACAGAGCUUCCCAUAAAGUCCACCAAAAGUGUUGUGUUGACAGCAAGUCUGAUUUUUACUAAACAUGAUGAGAAGUCCAUGUAACGUGUGUGUUCCAAGACUAGACUCGUAACAGAAUAUAAAUGCAUAUGAUGUAAAGCCUUCAUGGGAGAAAAAGGGACAAAACAGAAUAAAUGUUUAUGCAAAGCCCACGUCUUUGGUGUUAACCCAUAGUGAGCGUCCUCUGCAGGCGAGGACAGCGAACCGAGUCGCCUCCCACCUCGGUGCGGCCUGCGAGGCCCGAGUGAUGAAGGGAAAUCACGAGCGGUUUUAACAGAGUGAGAUCUUCGUGUUUACAGUGUCCUUGUUACGGCCGUGUGUGGCAGCUUGGUGACCAAGUGCCGCCUCGGUCAUAGGGUGCACAGUGAAUGCAGUGCACUGUGGGUAAACGCCAGACUUGUGUCUGCAACAAACUGCAACACGUCGUCUGUAUAUAUUUUCAUCUCGUUCUACUUUCUAGAGUCAUUUGCAAAAACAUUUAACCCCCCUCCACGCCCACGCUCUAAAAGUGUUUUUGUUCAAGUCUGCUUGACAAAGUUGAAAUAA